UGGCCACACCCUCCGCACGUAGAUCGGGUAAUUUAUUCCUGCUUUUGAUUAAUAUAAACCGGAACGAAAAGACGACUAAAUUUGAAAAAGCAGACACAUUUUUAGUGGUUUGCAAGCCAUACAUAGCAAUGACUAACCGGCAUGUGCAAUCUUUGAAGGUAUAAAAAGACUAUCACAAACAAUUGAAGAUCGACUCAGUUACUCGUACGUAGUCUGUCAUCGCUGGGACGAACAGAGACAAAUCAUGUCGUUCCGGUUCCGAUCGAAGUCGAAGCAGAGCAUUAAAUCAGUCGAAGAGCAAAACAAUGAUCAAGACACGGUCAUCAUGAGGAAGAGGCGGAAAAGCAAUUUGAGGUUACUGCGCAUUGCACUUAAAAGCAGACUGCGAAAAGCGUAUGAAUUCCGCAAACAAAUCACCUCCAAGUUCGAGAAGGCGAUGAACCAGUGCAUCUUCAUCCGCAUUGAGGGCAUCAUUCUUAACUCCUCGGGCUCUAGCUUUCGAAAACAGAACAAAAAACCCGGAAGAGGAACGGGAGCGGCAGGCAAGAUGUCUACAGCCCGAAAAUCCAUCGUUCGUGUGUCCGUGAAGAAACCGCGAACUAUAUCGUUUGUAGACGAUUAUGAUGAGAAGCCAAAGCAGAGGCGACGCAAGAGCGACUCAAUUGCUGGCGCAUUGAACGAAUUUCUCAGCGUCAGCAAAAAGGACAAGGAGGAAGAAGAACCGAAGCACAAACGUCAUGUGUCUUUUCCGACACUGGACGAGCAGGCGAUCGAGCUAAGCCAGAUAGUAUCUGCGGUGACCAAAGAGGCGGAGGCAGGGGGCAGACUGGGGACAUCUGUGUCCAUUUGGGACUCCGUGAAAACGAGCAAAGGGGCGUCCUCGGGGAGAAAGGGGACACCGGGAUUCGGCGACAAGACACUGGGCAAGAAGCCGAGAAAGAAACAGAGGGAGAGAUCCACAAGUUUGUACCAGCUGAUCGCCACGCAGGAAGAAGACGCUGAGCACAAAACAGCCCGGAGAAAGUCGCGGAAAUUCUCCAUGGGGCGACAGAAAAACGAACAGUCGUCUUCGCCAAACAGUGUGUCAUCAACGGAUUCCAGAUCGCCAAAGGGUUCGCUUUCAAAGCUCAAACAGGUUUUGGGUGGGAAAAGAAAACGUAGCCCAGGCCCAUCGCAACAAAGCAGAGCGUCUGCGGGCAGCAUCAAUUCUAACAACAGACGAGGGAGAAGGACACCGAGUGUAGAAUCAACAGACUCACACCAGCAGAGGGUUGGUCUGAACCAGUCGGAGUCAAAAAACUCCAGAGAUUCAACUGACUACCAAGACUGCAUACCGGAAGAAAACGACGAAGAAACAUCCCAGCAUACCCCCAGUCAGCGGGAAACACCAAAAACAGAAACUACCGACGACGAAAAUGUAGGAGCAACCAGUUAUGCGCAAGCUGCCAAGUCGCUAGUCUCUAACAUUAUAUGGGAAAAGACAGACACUGAAAGUACUAAUGGUGCCUCGCCCGAGCCAGGGCCUGGGGGUACAGCAAGGGGUCAGAACCUUGCGGCAUCUCGGGGUCCUUCUGACACAGCUGAAAGCCAAGGAAAGGAGGCAGGCAGUAGCUAUAUACUCCAAUAUCUUCCGUGGUACACAUCCUCAGAGCAAACCACAUCAGCCGGCUCAGGAAGAAGAGAGGCCAGAAGCGACGACCCCAGCGAGUUUAAAAAGGCAACCAGGUCGGAACAUAACCCGGUCAGCGGCACAAGCACCCAGAUAACGCCACAGCCGUCGGUGCAGCAGGCGUCUGUUGCACAGAAAUCGAAACAGUCACAACUAGGUGCACAACAAACGGGAUCGGGGAAGAAGAGCUCAGCAGCGCGGGGUCGUUCAUCGCCACUGGCACCAGAACAAGGCUCGCAAGAUUCCUUUGCAAGUGUCAUAGAGCUGGACAGCAGGGAGUUUGACAGACUGAGAGCGAUGAGGGCAACUGAUAAAACUAAGACGAAGAAAAACAAAAAUGCGCAUUCCAGCUCUUUGAACGACUGGUCAAGUUCAGGAAUCAUCAUUGACGACCUCUGCCUACCAAAAUACAACAACAGUGACCACAACGACGAAAUUCGACAACUACAAUACGAGCUGUGGAAAGCCAAAGAACAAGUGGGAGCCCUCAGGAGAGUCAACAGUUUCCUCAAGGAAAGAAAUGGACAUCCAGCAACAGAGACAAAAACAGAGCCAGUGGAAAGUACCACCUCAGACCAGAGAGCAACUCCGUCUCUGCUCGUGUCUUUCAUACCAGCCAUAGUGCUUGGGAUUUUGACAGGAAAGUUUGUACUCUAGAUGGCUGUCAGUAAACAGUUUAACUUUGAUCUGAAAAAAAAUUGUGGCUCCCUUAAUCGUUCCUUUUUAGU